AUGGUUACUGAUCAUACAAAUCCCUUAGCGGUUUUACUUCCUUAUACGUUCAAUUCGCAGAAUGAUUAUCCUACGGAAGUAUUGGCUAAUAGGUUUCAAGCUUGGAGGUCGAUCAUCAAAGAUUUGGUCAAUUAUCUUAAGGAAUAUGCCAGCGUUCAGGAGGAAAUUGUAAGGCAACAAAUGAGGCUUCAACAGGCGGUUGGAAUAUCACCAGGGUCAAGUACAGCCGUCUCUGGAAGUAAUAGUGGCCAUGGACAUGGAUCGCAUAAUAACCAUAAGGAAGACAUAAAUGCUAUCAAUAAGUUUUUCUUACCUAUCGGAAACGGGUCAAUACAGGACUUACCGACGAUAUUGACGAAGUUUCAUCAGCAGAAUGUGACACACUCGUCGAAAACGUUGAAAGACAUAAAUUCUAUUAUUAUUCCAAAGUUAGAGGAAUUGAGAAAAGAUCUUCUUAUUAAAAUCAAGGAAAUUAAAAACUUACAAAAUGAUUUCAAAAAUAACUUGGGAAAAGAGAUCAAUGAAACAAAACAAGCUUUGAACCAGUAUACUCAGGCGAUUGAAUUCUCCAAUAAACUAGAGCAUGGCGGAUUAUCCCAAGACGGAGAUCAUAGUAAGAAUGACCCAUAUCUCAUGAAAAUAAAAUUGGAUAGACAAUUAAAAAAACAAAUCUCAGAAGAAACAUAUUUGCAUGAUGCAUAUUCCAAUUUGCAAACUGCAGGGGGAAAGUUAGAAUCUAUUAUUGUAUUAGAAAUUCAAAACUACUUAUCAACUUUCUUAAAUUUACUAAAUGCUGAGCAUUCGACAAUCCCAGACUAUUUGUUACCAAAUUUGAACAACGGGUUUUUAUCAAAGGAAGCAGAAUUCGAAUGGAACUCGUUUAUUUCAAGAAAUUUACCAACACCUUCGAUUUCUGUUAGUGCAUUAGGAAACAAUUCUUCAAAUGUUAAAAACGGAACCUUCGUUGAUCUUUCAUUCCCAUAUAGAAAGGUGUCUGAACUUGUGAUACCUGAGGGUAACUCUCCAUUAAAUGUUGCAGUGAGAGAAGGACCGUUAGAAAGACGCUCUAAGUUUUUGAAAUCUUAUUCAAGUGGUUGGUACGUUUUAACAUGUAAUUAUAUUCAUGAGUUUAAAACAUCAGAUCGCAAGAAAGAUAUGCAGCCAGUUAUGUCAUUGCUGUUAGAUGCCUGUCAAGUCAGCGAACAUUCCAAAAAUGAUGGUAAAGCGGGGGGAGUUUACAAAUUCGUUUUGCAUUCUAAGCUGCUGAAUGGCAUUAUUCACAGAGGUCACAAUUGGGUUUUCAGAACUGAUACUUAUCAAAAAAUGAUUGACUGGUAUACUGAUAUUAAGUCUUUAACAAACGCAAGUACUGCUUCUGCAAGAGCAAGAAUAGUUAGCAAGAAAUUCAAGUUGGAAGAAAAUCAACAUAAGAGAAUAUCAAGAACUUCAAGUAUUCUUUCGAAUGGAACUAAUGCAAAAUCAUUGAGAACCAUUACCACCAAUAACUCAUCGAAAGCAGCAGGAGGCUCAAUACGCUCAAAGCAUAAGUCCCCAACAAUGUCCCACAAUAGAUUGUCAUCGACAUUUUCAAGGACUAAUAACCAAUCUCCUAGACUCACAAACAUGGUAAAUAGUGAUGGUACGAUGAUAGCUCCGGUUGAUGUGAAUCAGGAUGUAAAAACAUCGUCUGCUUCCCACUUAAACGUCCAGCAUUCAUCUCCGCAGCAGCAUACUGCGCAACUUAAUUAUCAGGCUGGCUAUUAUUACCCUAGCAAUGGACAACCACUGCAGUUGUACGAUCCCGUUCAACAACAGUACUAUACUAUAAGUCCCACCGUCCAAGGGCAACCCCAACCCCAGUAUUUUCCGGUAUCGCCACAACAGAAUUCUCAACAGCAAUUUUUUAUCCACGCACCAACUGGAAGGGCCCAAAGUCCAGUGAACCAAGCACAACCACAACCGCAAGUACAAUACUUUCCAGUGAAUUCUGCAAAUUAUGGUGUAUACCCACAACAGCCGAACAAAGAUGGAUCUUCCCCCAAUAAUUUGCCAUAUCCAACUCAUUUGCAACCUUCAGCAGCAAUAGAAUCCAAUCAACAUGGUGAGCUGGGGUUAGACUUUUUAAAAUCCGAUUCGACGUUACACCAUGAAUUAAACAAUAAAGAUUCAAGCAAUCCUUUGCAUGAAAAUGGGGAAGCAAACUUACCUGCUCGGGAUACUAAUGAUCAAGAAGAUAAGGAAAGUAAUAUAACUAACGACAAGGGAAUCGAUAGUGAACUUAAUAUUCAGAAUAGCACCAACGAAACAAGCGCCAAUGAAUUAGAAACGUUGCAAAGCAAUGACAAGAACAAUACGUUUGAUGAAAGCUUAACCAAAGUAAUCAGCGGAGACAAAGUUAUUCCCCUUACUCCCGAAAAUUAG